UCCGCCUACUCUUCCUAUCCGGAUUUUUUCAUUGCAUCCAUUUUUGUGCAUUUAAGAAAUCUCCAAGAAUUAUAAACCUGGAGGAAAGUGAGAGCGUGGCGCAAGGACUCGAAAGAAAAACAAACAAACAAGGAAAGAGGCGACGUCUUUAUUUCAGCAUGCGAGCAAAGCCAUUCUAAAGGAUGACCGCGAUGGGUUAGACAGGAUUUAACAUGAUUGCAAAAUAAAAGCAAUUGUGUGUAGCCAUGUCAGCUCCACUCGGACCCCGGGGCCCAGGCGCUCCCCCGCCGGCUGGAGCCCUACCCGACCUGCCGGACCUCAGCCACCUCACCGAGGAUGAGAGGAAGAUCAUCCUGGGCGUCAUGGACCGACAGAAAAAGGAAGAGGAGAAGGAACAGUCAAUGCUAAAGAAGUUGCACCAGCAGUUUGAGAGCUACAAGGACCAGGUAAAGAAGAUGGGGGACGAUACGACCCCGCAGACGGGGACGACAGGAGAACCCCAGAAGAACCCCAACGACUCUCCUACCUGUGGGAUUUGCCACAAAACCAAGUUCGCUGACGGCUGCGGCCACCUCUGUUCAUAUUGCCAAACGAAAUUCUGUGCUCGGUGCGGAGGACGAGUGUCUCUGCGGUCAAAUAAGGAGGACAAAGUGGUUAUGUGGGUAUGCAACUUGUGCCGAAAACAACAAGAAAUCCUCACCAAGUCGGGGGCGUGGUUCUACAGCGGCACUGCAGGGCCACGGGGCGUGUCUGAGGGCCCCCGGGGUCGACGUCACGAGGAGGCCCCCCAGGAGAAGAAGGCCAAACUGCAGCAGGACCUCCUCUACCAGGGGCCCCCAGGGGACGUAUCAGCAGACAGAAGCAGACCUCCCGGGCUCCCCAGACAAGGCUCCCUCAACAACGGCUCAGGGCUGAGGCACUCGGGUCCAGGACAGGACAUAGACAGGUGA